AGCAUGCCAUCAAAAUUAGCUCAUACGAUGCAGUGUUCCUAUAAAUAGUUGAUCAUUGAUCUCUGCAGCAUUUAUGUAAUCCAAUCACUUGAAAUACUAGCAGCUAAUAAAUUCUCAUACAGACAGCUUAUACACCAAGACCGAUUCCUGUAUGGCAAUGUCAAGCUCGGCCGAGUCCAACAUAACUCUGAAACUUCUGAUCGACUCCAAGGAAAAAAGAGUCCUGUUUGCUGAAGCAGCCAAGGACUUCGUUGAUUUUCUCUUCACCCUUUUGUCUUUGCCAGUGGGAACAGUUAUCCGGCUCCUAUCGACAAAUGGCAUGGUGGGAACUCUCGGAAAGCUCUACCAGAGCUUCGAAAGCUUAAGCGACACUUACAUACAACCAAACGUCAGCAAGGACAUUCUUUUGAAACCCAACUCAUCAAUCGGCUCUUCUUCUUUGGCCACCCUUCUCUCGUUGACCAACAGUAGUGACACAUCUGUUGGUAAAAAACUGUACAUAUGCGGGAACUGUCGCAGAAGUGGGUCCGACGAAAGGCCGGGAGCGAGGUGUACUAAUUGCUCUUGUAGUUCCAUCACUACGGAGCUCGUCUACGUGGCUCCCCCACCUCCUGAUGCGGGGGUGUCGUCUGCUGAGGGAGGUUUUGUGAAAGGUGUCGUUACGUAUAUGAUAAUGGACGAUCUAGAAGUCAAGCCCAUGUCUACCAUAUCAAGCAUUACUAUGCUCAAUAAGUUCAAUGUUAAGGAGGUGGGUGCUCUUGAGGAGAAGACUGUUUCGGUUGGCAUAAAAGAGGGAUUGGAUUUGUUGAAGGCUUCGCUGCAGACAAAUACUGUUCUCACCGAUGUUUUUCUUGGGAAGUAGAAUGCGGACGGCUUAGGCAAUAUGGUCACUUGUGGCCGUUUGUUUUUUUUUCUUUUGAAAUUAGACCAUUGUGCUAUCUUUUGAGUUUGGUGUUUGGACUUUUAAGUUACAAAUUAAGUGUGUUUGAAGUUUUGAGUUUUCUUUCCGGUUUAAUAUUAGUCUGUUUUUCUAGAAGGCUGGCUGGCUUUUGUUUCUAAGACUGAGAGAGUACUACAUGUGGCCAAAAACAGGAGAGUUAUAUGUAAUUUUUCAUUCAAUUUAAAAGACCAAUGGUGGUGUUGAUUUGCAGUGUCAUAAUUAAUCUGGAAAUGAUCUUAAUGCAUCUUUUUUUGUUAUUAUUUUAUUAUUUAUUUAGAGUAAAAUUUGUUGCU